GAGCGUGACUUUUGGAAUUUUUAACUUCUUCUAUGACUUGCAUUAUGUUCACAGAAUAAUGCAGAAUAUGCAGAAUACUGUUUAUUAUUUGCAUUUAAUUCAAGAACAAUCCAUAAAAGAUUUUUCACAGAGACCUUGUUAUAGUAAAUGACGUAUAUUAGACUAAAUGCAGCGUACAAUGUAUUGCAUUAUAAAGAAAGAGACAAUACUGUUGCAUUUCAACUAGUAAUGCGAAACGUUUCUGUAAAUGUCAACUGAAUCGUCGACGAUUCAUUAAUUCUGCAAGUAAGGUUAAGCAGAUUUCGUAUCAGAUUUCAUGUAGUUGUGUAAUCAACCAGCAACACAAACAUUUAAGAAUCGAUACUUAUCAAUAAGCAACAUAAGACGUAAAACAUAUAUAACAUUAUAACAUUUUUCGCAUUCGAAAGAAUACGUAUAACAUCAUAAACGCCCUAAAGAAAAAUAUGAGAAUUUUCUUACGAAAAAAUUAUAAUUCGAUACACACAAGACACAAAUAUUGCAGAUUUAUACAGGAUUUAUCUUGUAUUUAUGUAAGAUUUAUACGAAACAUCCGAAAAUUAAAACUAAACCGAUUAAUCGACGACCUAUAGGUUAAAGUAUUAUUUUCAUAUUUAUGAACGAUAUAGGCGAAUGUUACAAAUACAAUGUAUUAUUAUUACUUCGUGUCUGUCGACACUGGUACUUGUGCCAGAUCCAUCUGCAAUCUCGUAUACAUCUAUAGAAAAGGCAAGAACGCAAUGUAUCCGGCUCUCUCGGUACCGGCCUUCUACUCCGGAAAAAGUGUUUUCAUUACGGGCGCUACGGGAUUUCUAGGAAAAGCGUUGAUAGAAAAGUUGUUGAGAUCAUGUCCCAAUAUAAAAGAGAUAUUUUUGUUAAUGCGCGCGAAGAACGAUACGAACAUAGAUGAGAGGCUCCGACAGCUGCUGACGAACCCGUUAUUUGAUACACUACGGCACGAACAACCUCACUGCUUUGACAAAUUGAUUCCCGUGGAAGGUGAUCUUGGCCUUGAAGGCUUGGGUUUGUCAGCUGCCGACAGGGAUACCUUAAUCGAGAAGACGUCUGUAAUAUUCCAUGGAGCAGCGAGCGUGAAAUUCGACAAUACUCUGAGGGAUGCUGUGAUCACGAACGUGAGAUCUACGAGAGAUAUUUGCAUUCUAAGCAAACAAAUGAAAAAUUUGGCAGUUUUGAUACAUAUCAGCACAGCUUACACACAAGUCGACAAGCCAGUCGUUGAUGAAAUUGUGUAUCCAGGAGAAGUCGAUUGGAAAAAAACGAUACGUGUCGUUGAAGCUUUAGAUGAGGGCCUAGUGGAGCUGUUUAAAUCUAAAUAUAUAGGCACGUUACCGAAUCACUACAUAUUUUCCAAAAAACUCGCGGAGCAAGUGAUAAUUGAUUACUCGGGAUCGUUACCGUGCGUAAUUUGCAGACCAUCCAUAGUCACGCCAAUGUUAAAGGACCCUUUGAAAGGCUGGUUAGAUAAUUUUAACGGUCCAGUAGCAAUGUAUAUCGCUAGUGGAAAAGGAAUACUGAAAUUGCUGCACCAGAGUCCAUCUGCGUUCGACAACUAUGUGCCGAUCGAUAUCGUCAUCAAGGCUCUGAUCGUAGCAGCGUCGAAACAUGGAUCAAAAAUGAUCAACACGCAAGACAACCUUCCAGCAGUGUAUAAUUGUACGGGCAAUCACACUAUGAGACCGGGGAGGAAAAUGAUGUCUAAGAUUGCUGCACUUAUUUCGAAGAAGAUUCCUUACGAAGGAAUGAUCUGGGCCCCCGGCCAUAUAAUGAUAACGAAUCCGUCCUUGUAUCAACUGUUAAUGAUAGUGUUGAUCGUAAUACCAUCCUGCUUUAUUGAUGGAUUACUACGAUUAUCAGGCAGACAACCAAGAUUGCUGAAACUGCAGAGAAAUAUUUUCAUAACCAAUCGUACCUACGCUUACUUUACAAUGAAAAACUGGGAGUUUCGAAAUGAAAAAAUGUCAAGUUUGUCAGAUGAGUUAUCAAUUGACGAUCAACGAGACUUUGGAUACACCGCGGACUUGGUUUAUGACAAAACAACAUAUGUGGAAAAUAACGUAAUUGGCAGUAAGAUCUAUCUUCUUAACGAAAGUAUGGAUCGACUGGAUGCAGCGAAAUUGCACUACAACAGAAUGAUUUGGAUUGACAGAAUCGUGAAAGUGCUGGCCGCCAUCCUUUUUAUGGGGGCAAUUUACGGAACCAUUGUGUAACAAUUGAUUUUCACCUAGGUUUACAACCCAACUAUGAUAGUUAAUAUUAUAUCAAUAUAUAAUUAUAAAAAUUAACCGAUUAUAUUAAAAUAAAUAUCAAGCUUUUUAUAUGAACGGUUAAACCAGAAUUUUACAAUGUUAAAACAAUCAAAGAAAAUACAUCUCGAAGAAUAUAUCAUGUCUCGUUACAUUACAUUAUAUUAUGUUGCUAUUAAACCAUGUUAUUUAACCCGAAA